UCCCGAAGAACUUCUCGCGAUAACAGAUACAGUAAAUAUCUCAUUCGGGAUUACAGUACCCGGAAAACUGUCAGAGUGAGAGCUCUUCCUUCAUACACACUCUCUCCUCUUGAUGACGUUUCCACAUCCAACCGGUCAGUGUGCUGCUGGUAGCUGGUAGCUUAGCUUAGCUUAGCUUAGCUGCUAACCUGCUGAGCUACCUCUUCCUCCUCCUCCUCCUCCUCCGCCUCCCGAAGGCAGCUGAGCGGUAGAGAGAGCUCCGUGAAUGAACCACCUCAAUGCAUCUCCCGUGGCCGCGAUGGCAGCGACAGAAACGACGGAGGCAGCUAGCUCCCAUCAUCUCUUGCCACUACAGGAGGAUGCUGAAGCUGUUCGGUGCUCUGGUUGUCCUCGGGCUGGCCCUGGCGUGCAUCACCUCCUGGGUGCUGGACAGCUAUGACACGGCUUGGCACCCGAAACGGAGCGUUGGUGAUGGGGAUGAAUCUAAAGGAAGAAGGUCUCCAGCUCCACCUCCACCUCCACCAUACCCAGGCGGCGAGUUGAGCAAUAUAUUCUGGUUUAUACAGGUGUCCGACAUUCACAUAAGCAGAUUUCAUGACCCAAGACGCAUUCCUGACUUUGAAAAGUUCUGCACUGACACAAUUGAAGUGAUCAAGCCAGAUCUAGUGCUCGCAACAGGGGAUCUAACAGAUGCUAAAACAGAGAGUAAGGUGGGUUCCCUCCAGCAUGAGGUGGAGUGGCAGGCCUACCACAACAUCCUGAAGAGGUCCCGCGUGAUGGAGCGCACUAGGUGGAUAGACAUCCGUGGAAAUCAUGAUGCCUUCAAUAUAAUGUCAUUGGAAAGCAGCAACAAUUAUUACCGGAAAUACUCAGCUAAUCAGAAAGUUGGCUCUUUCCACUAUGUUCACAAAACUCCCUUUGGCAACUACUCCUUUGUCUGUGCGGAUGCCACUCUGACUCCAGGACCCAAGAGGCCGUACAAUUUCUUUGGUAUUCUCAACCAGACUCAGAUGGACUUGCUGGACACGUUCAGAGCUGAGAGUCUGAAGAACAACCAGUCGAUCUGGUUUGGCCACUACACCACCUCCACUGUCGUCUCCCCGUCUCCAGGAGUUCGGGAUGUGAUGAGAUCUGCAGUUGCAUAUCUGUGUGGCCACCUGCACACACUGGGCGGCCUGAUGCCCAUCCUCCACAGCCGACACCCCCAAGGCACCCUGGAGCUGGAGCUGGGCGACUGGAUGGACAACCGCAGGUACAGGGUUCUGGCCUUUGACCACGACUUGCUGAGCUUCUCUGACCUGAGGUUUGAGCAGUGGCCUGCAGUGCUCAUCACCAACCCCAAGGACGCACAGUACCUGCAUCCCGGAGUGGAGCCGCUGGGCCGAAUACGGAGAUCGACACACAUCAGGAUCUUGGCCUUCUCGGAGGCCCUAAUCACAGCGGUGCAUGUGAGCGUAGAUGGGGAACCUCUGGGGAAAUGCCACUCCGCUGGAGGUCCUCUCUACGUUCUGCUGUGGGAUCCAUCUCUCUACCUCACUGGACUGCACACCAUCAGAGUUAAAGUGGAGGACUCGGCAGGCCGGUCGUCAGUGCGGGAGCAGCACUUUACUCUGGAGGACGACCUGACUCCCAGCUUUGGUUUCGUGCAGUCCUUCAUCCUCCUCACAGACCACUACAUCCUGGGCCGAGUGGCCUUUAUUUUCAUGAUGCUGCUGAAUGUCGGGGUGCUGCUGGCCUUCAGGUUUAUGCGUGUUCCUUCUGGGAGAGGGUUGACCUCCCAAGCAUGUAUGUCCCUCCAUCUGGUCAGCACAAUGGACACCUUCUUCUACUCUCUGCUGCUGUUCAACCUGUGUACAGCCUUAGGUCCGUGGUUCAUAGGAGAGCUGAUAGACGGCCAUAGUGGUGCCUGCUUCGCCUUUGGGGUGUUCAUCGAUGGUCACUUCCUGGAGGGCAGUCUCACUUACGUUGUUGGAGUCGUUCAACUGCUGUUCUUCAACAUGCCCCUCACCUGUUAUCUCUGCUGGAGCCUCCACCACCGUUGCCGCGGCAACACCUUCCGAUCCCACUUCCUGCGGCCGGGCUGCCGCUGGCGGACUCUUGUGGUCCACCUCUUCAUGCUGAUGCUGCUCACCUGGCAGGCCCACUCCUGCUACUUUCUCCUGGAGACCUACGGGCUCAUGGCCUUUUUCCUGUCUCCGGUCCGCACGUGGGCGCUAGGGCUCAGCCUGCUAUUGGUGUACCGCGCCUGGACAGGCCCCGCUCCUCUCGUUCGCGACAACAGCAAGAGCGUCGCUCCCUCUUGACAGUAAUUGCACUGUGCCACCACGAUUCCCCCUCGAGCCUGACUCACAGAUAUAUUUUGCUGUCUCUACCCACCCUGAAAGCCUCAAUUUCCCCCACACAGCCUCCCCACCCACCCACCUCCUUUCUUUCUCUCCUCCUUCCAAAAGCCACUUCAGUACAUCACUCACUAUCCUGUUUAUAGAUAGUAUUGUUUACUUAAUAUGCAUGUUAUUGUAAAGCACCGGUGAGCACAUUUCUGGCCAUAUUCAUAGCAAUGUGUACAGUGUAAAAAAAACACCUUGGAUACAUUAUCGGGGGUAUGUAAGGACUCGUCCAACGUGUGCCGCAGUUAACAGUAUACUCUGCUGUGGUUUAAGCUGACUCAUUUACUUGAGCUUUAGCACUUUUUGGAAGUGUUGCCUUGGCCGAAUGCCACUUCGCCACUGCCAAAGGAUGAAUAAGAAAGAGUUCACCUUUUAUUCUUCCCUCUGAAAAAUCAUUUUCAUUCACUAAUGAAGGCUGGACGUGCCAAACCGACCCUCGUGUUUACCUUCCGUGGAUAAGAAAGCUUCAUUUUGUAUAGUGCAAGCUUUCCUAACUUCCCGGUGGCUGACAGAGCGCGGCAGUUACAGUAACCGGUGAAGAUGCAACCUAGACGAUCAUAUUUUAAAGUUUAUUCUACACAUGAUUUAAAGGAAAUCAAAUGGAAGGAAAUUACAAAUCAAAUAGUGUAGUUGAGCUGUGUACAAGUGACCGAAAGUGUUUUUAGAUAAUAAAAUGAAUUCCAUUGCACACAACUGCCACUUAAAAACGUCUCAAUAUUCGCAUUGAAUAGUCAAAAACUUCAAUGCCACCAAAACACAACAACAAGCCGGCUCUUCGUGCUCCUUCAAACGUGACUCCAGAAAGCAGCUGUUUGUUUCUCAGGAAUGUGAGCACUUGAACAAUAGGCUGGUCCCAGUAGUAUUUCAGGACAAUGUUUUUAUACUCCACAGUAGCUCAGUGAACUAAAAACCCAUGUUAAACAACAACACAGAUGUGUGGUGGCUAACAAAAAAAACAAAAUGAAUGUGUUAUAGAUGUGGUGAAAUGAGAUGAACCAGUACUAUGCUGUUUUUUAUUUAUUUUUUCUGAUUGUAUUGAGUGAUUUUUUUCCCCACCCCUUCAUGUUAUAUAUCUGCACUGGGCAUUCCCUGCAUUGGAAGUUCAUUUGACAGCUUUUUGUGUGAAAAUGUUAUGUCUGUAUUGUUCCUUUUUUUGUGAAGGUGUGUGAGAGCAGUAAAGUGUGUCUGUUGCACUCUAAUUUAAUCCGUUCUAGUCAGUAGUAGCAGGUGCCUCGAUUCCACAAGAACAAACUGAUCUACAUAAAAAGACAAAUAGGGUGAAAACCACAUUUAUCACCUCUUUUAAUAGAUGCAAUGCUCCAACUGGUUGUUUUUUUUAUAAACCAUACCCAGCGUGAGUGCAGAAUAAUUGCUCAGUGCUGAGAUAAGAGUUUAAUAUUAGCUUCUAAGACACCGAGAAAAUUAAAUUAUGAGCACUCUUGCUAGGGAUGGUUUAAUAACUUUUUAUCCCCCCUCUCUGCAUCAUCUUUUUGUACGGGAGCACUACCAAAUGUAUAAUUCCAGCAUAGAGACAGAUAUUAAAAAUUGAUGGACUUUUUGUUAUUGCAGUUCUUCUCUUAAUGAUGCUCUCAAAAGCUAUAAUCUGUCCACAAGGAGGCGGUAUUGUGUUGCAUUUCCCUUCCACCCUCCAAAUUAUGCAUGGAACUGGUUUUUUUUAUUAUUAUUUAUGCAGAAAAGCACCAAAACCAUAUUUGAUGAGAAUUUUUUGAUAGUUUAUAAAUGCUCACUGAUUAUGUUUCAACUGUGAAUCUGGUUGUGAUUGUUCUGUACCGUACACUGAUUUGACUGUUCGCAAGAAAAACAGACAUCAGCCCCACUAACCACCACUAUGACGUCUUUGAGUGGACAAGUGAUGUACUGGUUUUCACUUAUUGACUUACUCUGCAUCCCCUUCUCUGGUAAAAAUAAUGAAAUAUAUGAAUGAAAAGAUGAUUUUACACCUGCCACAUAUUUUUCUCGUGACAAAACUGAAAUUAGAGCCAACCACAAUUUUAUUUUAUUAAUGGUUUAUAGUGCUGUGGAAUAAAAAUGUUCAUUACAGUAAAUCAUAUAUUU